AUGGCCCCAGGCAAGAUCAAAGAACCAAACUCCGACUCGGACUCCGACUCCAACGUGGAAUUCGAAGAUGUCCCAAUCGCCCACGCAGACACAGAUGCAGAUGCAGAUGCGGACAUUCCCAUUGUUCUCCGCCCACCAACAUGGACACCGACCCUCUCACUUCCACCUCAACGAGCCUCGCCCAUCCCCUCAGGCUCAGACGAAGAAACCCAACUCCGCGGUCAGAUAAGCACAGGACUCGAACGAGUCAACUACCGCAAAAUGAAAUCCGACAUGGGCAUGGACGCACCCGAUACGCCCCACGCCCAGCGCAGAUACGAGUCCUUCGCCCAGCUAGCAGCUGACGUGGAGGAUCUAAUUGAUAUGCUUUGGGUAUCUGCUACACCGGCAAUCCAAACAGAAGCCCUCAUAACCCUAGCCGGACUAAUUGAGUCCUCCCUUCCCUCGUUCCCCUUCUCGGUUCAACCGACCCUCUCAAUCCUGCACAAGCUGGACAGUAUAUUUGCCGCUUUGUGCACCGGUACGCACCCGAUUACCGGGGCUGCGCUGCCGGGUGCAGUGCUUGGCCAGUCUCUUGCCACGGAGACGCAGAAAGUUCGGAUUCGGAGUUUGGCGGAGAGCACCAGGUAUCGGGUUUUUUCGUGUUUGGGGUCUUCGAGUAGUACUUCUGCUGGGUUUGAUGGGGAUGAGGAGGAAGUGUAUGAAUUUAAUGAGCCCUGGAUGUUGGAGGCUACGAAGGUUUAUGAGAAGUGUCUUAUGUUGCUUGCUGAGCAGGAUAAUGUUGAGGUGGAGUUUAGUUGUUAG